UAUUUAAUAUUUACAUUUAACUUUAACUAGUUACAGUUAGAGUUUACUUGAUUUUACAGUGAGAGUGAGAGAGCAGUGACAGUUAUUUACUUUAUUUACUCUUAAACUUAGUCAUUACUAUUACUACAUAAUUUGAGAUAAUUAAAAUAUUAGUAUAAAUUAUAAAUCUUCCAAAAAAUAGUAAUAAAUACCAAUGACCAAUGCCAAUAAUAUCCUUUAAAAGGUGACUACCUCCCUGUUUAAACAUACAAGUGGUCCAAGCAGUCCUUUAAAAAAUAGCCAUGGCUGCCUCAAUUAAGAGAGAUGGAGAGUGUUUAGAUGAGAUGGACUCUAUGCGUGAGAUCUCAUCUCAGUUUUUUGAGAUGGUACCAGUCAGGAAAAUGAAAUGGAAGGUACAGGCUGUUCAAAGUGUUUUAGUAUGUCAAUGUAUAAAUCUAUUUAAUUAUCUAUAUAAAUAUAGUAGCUUAUUAUUAAUAUUAUUAAUUAUAAUUUGUAAUUUCUAUGACUAUGUUUUGUCUAGGACUUAGACCAGUGGUUUUCAACCAGGGUACAGAAGCACCCAGGGAUGACCAAUAAUCCUCAGUGCCAGAGGGUGCCAAAAAUAUUUCUUGAUUUUAAACAAAUUGCUUGAGCUAGACAAAAACACCAUUUAAUAUUUUAAUUUAGAUUUGACUAAUUUUAAAAAUAUUUAUACUACAUUGCCUCAACUCAUAACUUGACUUGAGCUUUAUCAGGAGUAUCUUUCAAGAUGGUAAUCCCAGUUAUAAAUCUGUAAUUUGUGGAGAGAAUGUUACAAGCAAGUUGAAAAUAUAUUUUAGUAUCAAAGCUAGUGGAUUUUUUUACUGUAAUUGCAUUCAUUUCAUUUAAGGAUGAAGAGGCAGCUCUUCUAGUUACAAGACCAGAACUUCAGCUUCAGCUUUUAAUGGCCACAGUCAAGCACCCUGUUUGUUGCAGUUUUCCACCAGCACUCUCAUAUAUGCGGAGUUUUAUGAAAUUGUUAAUUCAUAAGGUGAUGUCUAUAAAAUUAUGUUUAAAAGUCAAGUUUUGUUUAAUCUCAGUUUUCAUUUGAUUUAAGUUGAAAAUGUGUGUGAUGCAAUUUACCACAGGGGCUAUCCAUUAAUGAUGUAACAUAAUGGGGGAGGGGGAGCCACAUUAACAGAACAUCAUUUAUGAAUGGCCUCACAGCCUUUGAUAGUAUGUAUUACAUUUUAUCACAAGUUUUUAGAACAUUAUAAGUAUGUAUUUAUUAAUAGUAAGUUCUUAUCCUUUUUCUAGUUGGAGACAGAAGAUGCAGACAUCUGUGAUGAAAUGUAUGAAGCAUACACUGAUCUCUUGUCUUGUAAUGAGGAUGAUGAUGAAACACUGUGCUUUAAAUCUUACAAAAUGGUAAAUUUAAACAGUUGCUUUAAAUCUGAUAUAUUUUAAGUAGUUUUGCUUGUAAAUGUCAUUUGUCCAUUUCAAUGAAACUGCAUAUGUUUAUGUCUGUUUAUUCUCAGCUCUCUGGUGAAUACAUUUCCCUUCAAGAGUCGGUUCACCUUGUGUCUCAGGGAACUACAGGUCUUAGUACGUGGCAGGUCUGUAUUAUUAAAUAUUGUAACUAUUUUGAUAAUUUAACUACCAGCACUCAUAAAUAACAUUCACACGGGGGGGGGGUGUUGAUUAAUUUUUUGUUUAUAAGGAAGAAAGAAAAGCUUUCUUAGAUGGCUGUCAUGAUUCCUAGCAAUAAGAAAAUGACCAGUCCCUUUUCUGAGUGUUUUUUUUCACCUUAUCAAAAAAAAAAGCUGUUAGCAAACCAUUUCAGAAGUCUUGUAAUUUUGCAGUGUUCCAACUGAGAGAAAAUAAUAUGAUCUAUUGUUUAUUUUAAUGAUUUUGUUUUCUUUCUUUUGUUAUUCUUCAAUUUCAGUGUUAACAAUUAUUUUUUUAAUAAAUUAGUGAAAUUUUGUUUUUCAUUUGAUGUUUCAUAACAAUUAUUUCAUACUCCAAGAAAUACAUACUUUAUGUUUUAAGAUGGAGAUUUAGUUUCAAUAUCACAAUAUCAUCAUAUACUCUCAAAGAUGAAAGGUAUUUUGAAAAGAAAGAGAUACUUUUAAAAUGAUGAAAUCAUUUAUAAAAACUAAUAUUACUGAACUCAUGCACCUUUUUCUUUCCCUGAUAAAAUUAUAAAGUUUAAAUUUGUACUAACUACCAUUAAAAAGCUUUAGGGAAGUAACUACCAUUAAAAAGCUUUAGGGAAGUAACUCAUUAGGGGUGUUUGGAAAUAGGAUUUUCAUAUGUACAUAAGACAAACAUAUGAUUUGUUGCAGGCAGCUCAACAUCUGGCUGAGUGGAUCUUAGAAAAUCCUCAAGUUUUAACAAACAAGUAAUGCUACUACAUUUUUUCUUUCAAAAUAGUCAAAGAAUGACAAUGUUAGAAUAUAAUGUUAAUUUAUAUGGCUAUUAACUUAACUCUCAAAAGACGGGAGAUUGAAAAAUCGGUCAUAUAUGGCGGGUAAAAAAAACGACCCCUAAAAUAUAUAUAAAAAUAAUAUUAAAAGGCGAAAAUAAAGAUUUACAAUUUUGGAAUGUUAAAUUUCUAUUUGGCAAGAAAGAACAAUCGUUUAUAUUACUAGUUCUAGAAAUCUGGUAGCAACUUGUCCAUUCAUAAAUUUUCCUUUUCGCCAUUUACUCAUAUUUUGCCACAAUCCCGGUUAACUGUUACUACACUCUAAAACAUUGCUAUGGAGUCUGAUUCUGAUUAUAAGCUUGAAAUGGACAACUAUUCUUACUUAGAGGAAUAUUUUUGAUGAAGAUAGCACUUCAGAUGUGUCUGAUACCGAGAAUUCUGUAAAUUAUCAUCAUAAAAAUAGUAUCCAAGGUUUGUUUACUUUUUUCAUUCAUACUCAACUCACGCAUACUGUGAAACUUUCUUAGCACUAUUAUUAGUUUUAUUCAAGUUCCAGUAGUAUAAAAUUCUUAAAUAGAUUAAAUUAUUUAUUUGUUUGAAACUAAUUUGUAGUUAUACAAUUAUUUUAAUAUUAUUACGUUUCAGUUAGCAAAAUGUAAACAAUGGUUCUCAAGGCCAAGGCUAUUAUUACACUGUAACAAUCAGCUGUGUUCCCUUUUCAAUGAAAACUUGAAGUAAAAGUAAUUUAGGCAGAUUGUUUAUUAUUUUGAAUUCUUUUUAUUUAUAUUUUAAUUUUUUUAUUUUAGCUAAACAAAUUUUUUUUUAUAUAUUUUGACAGCAUCUAUGAAGGGCAGAUGUCAAACAUAGUCAAUACAAUGGGUUAUGAUGACAAAAGACUGUGGGACUCUUUGCUGCAUUUAGACCAGAGGUGAAAAGCACUAUUGCUUCCUGAUGUUAUAACAAGAGAGGAUAUAAGGAGAUUUUAAAAGCAAAUUGACAUUUUCAACCUCUACUUUACUACAGAUUUGGUUGGUUAUUAGUAAGCCUUGUGCGCAGGACAAUGGACCGCAGAACUUUUGUGUUUUCAAAAAUUGGUACCAUUAUAACAUCAUUGAAGGGGAGUUUUAUCUACUAAGUGGAUUUAUUAUGAAUGCAGGACUUAUCAAGCUCUUAAUUUUACAAGAAAUGUCCAGGAAAUCCUUUUAUGAUGGACAAUGAGCAAGGCCAUUAGUACUCAGGAUAUAUUCAAGGCUAUAUUGAGUUUCCUAAAAGUUUCUGAUACUGAAAAUAAAGGAAAAUGCUGUGUAAAAUUGGGAGACACUUCUGUAUCUCAAUGCAAAAUACAAUCAACUGUAUCAGCAUCAAGAAAAUGUAGCAAUUAAUGAACAAUUUAGGGAACAAUUGACAUAUUUGAUGAUGAACCCGAUACUGUAAAGCCCGAAAUCUUUACAUCGUGCGCUGCGAACAUGACAAUAACAAAAACUGUAAUUGUGGGUUACCAAAACAGGGUAAAAUGGGCAGAGCAUAUGUCACAGGCUUUCUUUUUGAUACAUUUGUAUGUUUUGAUAAAUAAAGAAAUUGUUUUCAAGAAUUUUUAUGCAUGGUCUUGGCGAAGGAUUAUAUCCUUUGAUCGGUAUCUAGGGGGAUGCAUAAAAAAUGUUUAUUUAUUAAAAUGUGCCUUUUUUCUUAACUUUUCUUAUAAAAUAAUACUUACUAAUAAUCCUCUGAAGGAUAAUAUGAUGCAUUAUAUGUUUUCCUUUGAAAAAAAAAAUUAUUAUUAUUUUUUGAAAAUAAUUUUGACUUUUUGAGCAAUAUUUCCUUCAAUGAUCUGUUGCCUAAAAAUAGUCAUAACUUUUUUAUUUAUGAGUCUAUUGUUUUGAAAUUUGAAUAUGUUUUAUAGUAUUGAACACAUUCUAAUAAAAUAUCAAUUUUAUUGAUUUUAUUGGAAAAACUUUUUUUUUUCCUUCUUUGUAAAACUGUGAUGUUAUGUUUUUGUCGACUUACAAAAAUUUUUUUUUUGCCCAAAAAUAAUAAAACAUCAAAUUUAGCAAGGAUAUUUUGAACAAACACCAAGUAUCAAUUAAAGAGCAUCCAAUUACCUUUAAAAUGAUAUAUAAUACUUGGAGGUAGCUACAAAAUUACAGUCAUGAGACACUUUGAAGAAUAAGAUAUAUUCAAGGUCAUUAAAAACUGGAAAAAUCUAGUCUUUUGAGAGUUAAUCAUUUAGAUAAACUUUAUAGAUGUAAAUGCAAAAUAUAGGUACCAUGAUACUAAAUCGCACAUAGAUGUGCAUAUGGAAAAUAUAACGCAAAAACUUUUGUAGCAAUAUAACAUACAGCUUGGUGGGGGUUUCGCUUUUUUGCGUUUUAUGUCACAGUUUUCUAAUAAUACAUUAUUUUGUCAACAGUGACAUAGAGCGCAUAUUUUUCCAAACACGGUUGUACCAUAUUUGCAGCAUGGUGAAUUUUGUGACCGGCAACAUAUUUAAUCUUAUAUCUUGGUAUGUAAGCUUAUUAUUUUGUAAUGUAAAAUUAAAACACUUAGUGGUUUAGCCCAAUAUUGCUUCGUUCAGUCACAAACAGGAAUAACUUUAUUUCAUUAAUAAUAGAAAUUGUAAACUAAAGUUAAGCAUUUCGGACUGGAAGGUGUACGAAAAUAAAAUUGUCAUUAGUCACCCGAGUCACCACUACUCACAAAAAAAAUUAGGUUGUCUUAAAUGGUUCCUCUUAUCCAUUUAAUUUAAAUAUAUUUUCAUUGUUGCUUAUCUUUAAAAAUUAGUGAAACACUAAUCAGUUAAUAAAUGGGAAACGGUUUUACGAUAUUAUUAGAAAUAAAUACAACCCAAUAAAUUAAAGUUUUCAAUAAUUCUAGUUCGUAUAGUAGGGGAAUUUCGGACUUGUUUUGUCCCUUGAUUUACACAAUUAUAUGUAUUGGCCUAGUUAUUACCGCUAUUUAUUAAUUAUAAUUAAUGGAAUAACACAAUAAAAAGCAGUAGCCAAUAAAGUAGGCUCAGCGUGCUCAUAUUGGAACACUUCUUCUAAAUCUAAACUUAAUAUAAUAUAAAUUUUUGUGAAAAUUGUGUCACUCUUAUGAUGUGUUUAAAAUUAGAUAAUGUAAAUUAGUCCAUAACAAUUUUAUUAAAUACAUCAAAUAAAUAAAUAAAACUCAGCAUCAUCAUAUUAAUUAUAUUUUUAUUAGGACAUAGGCAUAGGAAAACAGUUUAGCUCAACAAAUAUUUACAUUUCUAAUAAAAUAAAUAAAAAGAAAUACAUUUUAACAAUCACAUAACUCUAAUAAUAUUAAAAAGAAACUAAAAAUUGUAUAGAUUCAGAAUUAUGAUUAGGUCUAGUUGUUAUUUUUAGUCUUCUUCUGAGUGCAAGAGAAAAUUUUAAUUUUCUGUUGCAGAACUGGGAAUUCCUUUCAUAUGCUAUGAGGCAUAUUUGGACAUAGAUGGCGAAGACAAAGUUUAUGAUGGAGAGAUUGUGGGAUUCAUCAACAAAACAAAGAAGUCUGUAUAGCUAUAUACCCAGAAAAUAACAGGCAGAAAAGCCUCAUUACCUUAAUCAUACACUGGUAUCCUCUUACUCUUAUUAGUGUUAUGUGGGAUUUUAUUUUCUUAUUAUAAUUUAUAAUUUCAUGUAUUUAAUCUUAUUUUUAAAAAUACUUCUACUUAUCUUUUAUAAAUAUUAGCAUUGGUUUAAAAUUUGAUUAAAAUACAAUAAAAACAUUUCUUUUGUUUUUGCCUCUAACAGUAAUAAUUUUUCCAAUUUUCUUGUCAGGAUUUUUUGACCUACCCUCAAAUAAAAUUAUCAAAAAUAAAAAGUCUUCAUGUUAUGUAACAUUUUUGUUGUUCAUUGUGUUGUAUAAUGCCCUGAGAAUUCCUCCUAAAUAUUUGGUUGCAUUAUCUUUUAAAAUAAAACAAAGUUGUGGGCAAAAUAAGUCAGAAAUUUGGGAAGUCGAUCACAAGUUUUGGCAGUUAAAUACAAAGAUAAAUAAGGGGCUUUAACUUUAAAAAAUUAACACAAAAAAAUCAUAUCUCCACUUCUUUAAAAGAUAGAAAGAUGAAAUUGAUGUUUAUAAAAAGCGUAUAAGUUAUAGCUCAGCCCUUUAAAAUGAUGUAUCUUUUAUGGCAGACAAAAUGUAACAUUUAUGUCAAAGUACCUACAAAAGAAGUGAAUCAUUUGUUUUGUAACUGUCUUCAUAAACGUAAAUUCAGUCAUAUAGAAUUUUUUGUAACUGUCAUGGUUAUUAAUUUCAUAACAACUUUUCUCAAAUAUUUGUAAUGAAGUUAAAUAAAUGAUUUUAGGAAUAUUGGCAUGUCAUAAGUUUAAAGUUUAUUUUGGCAAAGAAUAAAUAUUUAUUUUAAUGUUUCAAUUUUUCGUUGAAUGUUUAUUUUAAUAAUUUUUGUUUCAGAUCAGUCACAGAACUGGGAAGUGGCCUUGGCCUCACUGGCAUUGUUGCAUGUAAAUACUGCCAAAUUCAAAACUAUGCAUUUACUGAUUGUCAUGCCCAAGUUCUUUACCUUCUGUCUAAAAACAUUGAGCAAAAUGUGUUAAUUGAUUUACAUUGCAAAACAGAGUCAGAUUCUUCAGACCGUGACAGAAAAAUCUUGCGAAAAAUUCGGAAACAGUUGAGUCUUUCAUCAGACCAGCAAAGUUCUGAAGAGAAUAGCAGUGAUGUAAAUGAAAUUUCAGAGCCAUCUGAUCAAGGAUAUAUGAGAGAGGAAAUUACAAUUGAUGAUGGAAUAUAUUCUGACCCAGUUGAGUUAGACGUGAAUGGAAACCUUUGGGAUGUGGAUUCUUCUCAUAGACUUGCAACUUUGAAGGGAGAUAAGCGAAUAAGUAUUUGUCACCUGGAUUGGGAAUGUGUAAAGGGAAGAAUUCUAGAAAAGCUCAAGUCUGAUAUCAUCCUGGCAGCAGGUAAUACAAGUGUAUCUUUACUGAAAGUUUAAUGCUUAAAAUUUAGUUUUUUCCUCACAAAUGUAAAUAUUAAAUUAAAAUAAUUAUUUUUCUUUCUUUUACUAAGGGCUGAAGCAGUAAUUGUUGUACUUAUUGCAUUAUUUACUUAUAAAGAAAUGAAUGAACUUAAAAAAUUUAGAUUUAUGUUUAAAAGAUCCCUCCAAUUUUAUAGAAAUACACAUAAUCAAAUAAAAAGCUUUCAGAGUAACUUCUUUCAAGAAUGAUAAUAUAAUUCUUCCUAUUUCAGAUGUAGUGUAUGAUACCAGUAUAAUCCCAGCCCUAGUAUUUGUUCUUAAGAGUCUUCUUGACACUGGACCAGACAGUAACAGAAGACCUAAAGCCUUUAUUGCCUCAACUAUUCGCAAUGAAGAUACAAGAGAUGCUUUCCUCAUUGCAAUGGGUAAGAUUCAGAGCUUGAUAUAAAACUUUUGGAAAAUCCAAGUGAAAUGGUCACUAGCCUAACCUAAUCACAUCCACUAGCCUUUGACUUACUCAGAUGCAUAUUAGAUAAUCUGGGUAUGAGCAUAUUUAAAAGUGACAGAUAGCAUUAAUAAUUUCUAGUAAAAGCUAAUUCUCAUUUGUAUUUUUUUUCUUCAGGAUCUGAAGGUCUCAAUUACACAGUUGUUGAAUCACCUAAGCACCACAGGUUUCAUUAUGACCGUUCUGUACCCAUUGAAAUACUGCAGAUAUCUGCCUUGUAACUGUAGAAAGAAAACCAGCCACUUUUGCUAAAGCUAUAGAAUUUGUUAGUUGUAUUAUUUGUAUGCAGUGAAUGUUAUCAUUCCAUUUUAUUAGCAAGGUUGCAAAUAAAUACUUCAACCACAAUUAAUUUGUAUUUUUUUUUAAAAGUGUUUACCUUCCUUUAUUAGUCAAAAUAGGUUAAUAAGACCUUACAGAAAAUUAGUGUACCAGUACCUUAACAUACCUGAUAUAAAAAUAAAUAUUUUUACAAAAAGUUAUUAAAGGUAAAAGGAUACAUUUUAAAGGGAUGUUUUUAAUAAAUAAACAUUUUUUAAAGUAUUAUAAUAAUUGUAAUCCAGUAUUUUAAAAUGUGUUCAACAUAAAAGAAGUCUUAAUGUGCUCAUAAAAGUGAUGGAUUGUCAUGACUUUAUUUUCAAAUGUUUUGAACAAAGUUGUUGAUUUUUUACACCUACCAUACUUCUUGUUUUUAUUUAUUUAGUACUUAGGAAAAGUAAUUUAUAUUUUGUGCAAUUGAAAUAAUUUUUUAAAAAUAGUAUGCUAUACAAAUUGAAUUUAGGUAUGACUACCAUAAAUAUUUUAGUAGCAGUAGUCUUAUGUUUGCCUUAUCCUGCUGCAUUGAAAACAAAAUCAAGCUUUUUGAUUAAAUUUGUUUUUUUUUCUUUAGUAAUCACAUUUAAAUUUUGAUAUUUUGUUUUCAAAAAUGUUUAAAAAUAUGCAAGUUUAUCUGGAGCUUGACUUUAACUUUCAAUUUAGAAUAUAAAUGGGAAAGAAAAGGAGGACUACAGACAUAAUUUUGAUCAGUUUGGAUGCCACAUGAGCCAAGUUCUAAUCCUAAUUGUUACAAUAAGUGAUCUAAUUUUAGAUGACUAGUUAGUAAUUAUGACAAUCAAACAUGUGUAAUUUUACCUGUAUCUGUAAAAUGUCAUUGAGACUAACAGCUUUCACAAAGACUCAAAAUACAAGGGUAGAUAAUAACUUUCAAUGUGAAUGCAGAGUUGUACUCAACUACCCUUGUGCAGCACACACAUGUGGCUAAGCUUCAUUAAAUAUGUUGGACAAGACCUGAGAAUUUUAUGUAUUGAUACUUUUUGAAAUAUUUUUUAAGCAGAAAACUGCAGCUUUCUUCUAAAUUUGGAUUACAUGCCUCUGGAUAAAAUGUCCUCUCACAUACCAAAUGCUCAGCUUCAGGCAUGGCUCUCAAACAUCAAGGUUUAAUAAACCAGUAGCCAAUGAUUAACCUCCCCAGGUGCCAUGAGAAAAAGCCAUUAGUGCAGCAUAUUAUGCUUAUAUAUUUUUUAAGCUGUCAGGGUUUUUCUUUUUACAAUGUUAUGUCAUGCACGCACAAUAGAUAGUAUGUAUUUUAGUUACUGUUAAAAUUUUCAUUUACCAAGAUGAGUUUUAUCUAUCAGGUGAUCAAGGAAACUACCAGUUAUUGUCAAUUUUAUUAAUCAAGGAUUCAACUCCAUGAAUUUAUAUCAUCAAAUGUUAAGUAGUAACUGAUACCACCUACUUGGGUUGGCUUGUCUAUCAAGAUAGAACAAUGAGUUUGAGGAAAUUGAUCCCAAAAUUGAGCACACUUACUCUGUAAUGCUGAGUAUACUUCACUUUGAAAGCAAUACAAGUUUUAUUAAAAUAAAAAUAUAACGG